AUGGCUGCUGCAUCACUGCAUCCCUUUGAUCCUCUGAGGCCCGAUGAGAUCUCAAGGGCUUCAAGGAUCGUCCGCCCCCACUUUGGUGGUCAAGACCCCAACUUUCGCGUCAUCACUCUUCUUGAGCCAGCCAAAAAGCAGAUGAUUCCUUACCUUGAGAAGGAACAUCACAAGCAGCCUACAGGGCAUGUCCCCACUCGUUAUGCCCGAGUCGAAGCUUCUAUCAAGGGGGACGCUGGCGAGAAUGAACUCUUUGAGCUUAUCGUCGACCUUGACGAUGAUAAGGUCGCCCAGAAGCAGCAUGUCAAGGGAAAACAUUCAUACAUCGAUUCCAAUCACAUGAAGGAGGUCGAGGCUGCGUGCCUGGCCAAUGAAAAGGUGCAAGCUGAGAUUCGCACUCUUGACCUCCCAGCUGGAGCUACUGUUGUUGUUGAGCCUUGGGCAUAUGCGACCGAUGGCAUGAAUGACAUGACCGAACGAGUCACAAUGUGCUGGUUCUACCUCCGAUUGCUGGAAAACCCCGACGCCAACUACUACGCCUAUCCCCUCGACGUCUGUGCUGAAGUCUCCGAGGCUCUCGAGGUUACAAAGGUUUAUCGUCUUCCCACCAUGCCCCACGGGAGGAUCAACACCGAGCAGAAACCCUUUGAUCGCCGAAGAAUUCAUUCAACUGCUGCAAGCGAAUAUCACCCCGAUUUGAGGCCAAGCCCUCGCACAACCACUAAGCCAUACCAAGUUGUUCAACCGGAUGGCCCGUCAUUCCAGAUCCAAGGCAACCAUCUCAAGUGGGAGAAGUGGGAUUUCCGGGUGGGUUUCAACUACCGAGAGGGUCUUACCUUGCACGAUAUUCGAUAUGAUGGCCGCAGUCUCUUUUACCGCCUCUCUCUUGCUGAGAUGUUUGUCCCUUAUGGCGACCCGCGUGCUCCCUACCCUCGCAAGGCUGCCUUUGAUCUUGGAAAUGAUGGUGCCGGUAUCAACGCAAACAAUCUCCAGCUUGGAUGUGAUUGUCUAGGUACUAUCAAGUACUUCAGUGCCUAUCACAACACACCAUCUGGAGAACCUAUGGAGCUACCAAAUGUCGUCUGUUGUCACGAGCAGGAUGAUGGUAUCCUGUGGAAGCACACGAACUUCCGCACUAAUACUCCCGUUGUGACUCGUUCUCGCAUCCUUGUUCUUCAAACUAUCAUCACUGUUAGCAACUAUGAGUACAUAUUUGCAUGGCACUUCUGUCAAGAUGCCUCCAUCUUCUACGAAGUUCGUGCUACGGGAAUUCUAUCUACUGUACCAGCUUCUAUCGAUCACAAGGGGAAAUAUCCGUAUGGAACCAUUGUGGCACCUGGUGUCUUAGCGCCUUACCACCAGCAUCUUUUUAGUCUCCGUAUCGAUCCUGCGAUUGAUGGCCACGCUAAUUCACUCGUGGUCGAGGAGUCUAAGCCGCUUCCCAUCAACGAUCCAUCUGUUCACAAUCCCUUCGGCGUCGGUUACAUUACCGAGAAUAAGUUCAUUGAGGAAGAGGGUGGCUUUGACCUUGACCAUACAAAGGCUCGGACCUUCAAAUUCGUCAAUGAGAACAAGAUCAACCCCGUCACAGGUACAUCUGUCGGGUUCAAGCUUAUGCCAGCCUACAGCCAGAUGUUGCUGUCACACCCUGACUCAUUCCACGCAAAGCGCUCUGAGUUUGCUGAGCAUGCUGUUUGGGUUACGCGCCACGAGGAUAAUGACCAUUUCCCUGCAGGAAAGUAUACAAUGCAAUCCUCUGGUGGUGAUGGCCUGGCCUCGGUUAUCGCGAAGCGCCGCACCACGGGUACGGCUCAGUCUGUCAGGAACCAAGACAUCGUCAUUUGGCACACAUUCGGCUCGACCCAUAACCCGCGCAUUGAGGAUUGGCCCGUGAUGCCCAAUGAGAAGAUGAUGGUCGGUUUGAAGCCUGUGAACUUUUUCUCUGGCAAUCCUGGCUUGGAUGUGGCCCCAUCUACGCAAGAAAAGAACAAGAGUGUUCUGUAUACUGGUGGGGACGAGAAGGCUUCGUCAUGCUGCAACUCGAGACUGUAG